GCCGGUUGGCGGCCCUGGACGUGCGGGCGGCUCUCUGGGCCGGCCGCGGCGCCUCGGCCCUGCCCUCUCGCUCCCGCGCUCGCUCCCGCCCUCUCGGCGCUCCGGGAGCUGCGCGCGGGCCCGGCCCGGGGCAGGGCAGACAUGGGCGCCAAGCAGAGCGGCCCGGCCGCGGCUAACGGCCGCACUCGCGCGUACUCGGGCUCGGAUUUACCUUCCAGCAGCAGCGGAGGGGCCAAUGGGACCGCGGGCGGCGGCGGCGGCGGCGGGGCCCGGGCCGCGGCCGCGGGGAGGUUUCCGGCUCAGGUGCCCGGCGCGCACCAGCCCAGCGCCUCGGGCGGCGCCGCGGCGGCCUCGGCGGCCCCGCGCAGCCGCUCCCUCGGCGGGGCCGGGGGGAGCGUGGCGUCGGGGGCCCGCGGCGCGCAGUCCUCCUUCAGCAUCCCCAACAGCAGCAGCGGCCCGUACGGCUCGCAGGACUCGGUCCACAGCAGCCCCGAGGACGGCGGCGGCGGCAGGGACCGGCCGGCGGGCGGGGGCCCCGGCGGGCCGCGCCUGGUGAUCGGCUCCUUACCAGCUCACCUCUCGCCGCACAUGUUUGGAGGAUUUAAGUGCCCUGUAUGCUCAAAAUUUGUACCCUCAGAUGAAAUGGAUUUGCAUCUUGUGAUGUGUUUAACAAAGCCAAGAAUAACCUAUAAUGAGGAUAUACUGAGUAAAGAUGCUGGGGAAUGUGCAAUAUGCCUUGAAGAACUGCAGCAGGGGGAUACUAUAGCACGACUGCCGUGUCUAUGCAUAUAUCACAAAGGCUGCAUAGAUGAAUGGUUUGAAGUAAAUAGAUCUUGCCCUGAGCACCCUUCAGAUUAAGCGUCAGCUUCUUGUUUUAUAGAUGCUUGAAAAACCAAGAGGAUAUGAGGAUCUGUCUCUGGAAAAACAAAAACAAAAACACAGGCAUACGCAGCCAGAAAUUUGAGUUCUGUGAGACUCGGAAAUGCAGAGAUGGACAAUCAUACAGGAAAAAAUCCUGCUGAAGAGAGGACAAUUGCUGCAGGACUCAGUGUACCAAACAUGCGUAUAAAGGACACACAGGGAUUUUGGAAAUGCUGCACAUCCCUUAAUAGUUAUCUACGUAGGUAAUACUGAUAAACAUUUUGUAUUCAGACGCCAAAGUUAACUGAUUUAAAAGUUGAUUUACUUUUUAUUAAGUUCUCUAGAGCUGCGCAACUCGUUGUGUUUUAAUUGGUUUUGUUUUUUAGUUUGGGGUCUCUUUAUUUUCCCCCAACAUGAUGUUUCUGCCUUCAUGUAUUCUUAAAUAAUUUAACAACACAUGAUUUACUUCUUAUGAAGUCUUAAAUGUGAAACCAAGAAAUGUAAUCAAGCAGUAAACAUUCUCUGAAUGUAGCCCGUGAUCUCAAGUUCUGCGAUUCUUUUCCCCAAGAGUGGAAAAUAGACUUCUACAUAGGAAAGCUAAAAUAUGUUAAUAUUUUAAAUUAAAGGCUUAACAUUAUGAGAAUGCAGUCCAAAGAAUAAAUCAAGUUACAUAAUUACAUUUAAUUAAUUAAAUCUACGAUUGUCUACUGAAUUGCAGUUUAUGAAAUACAUUGUUUGCUCUUAUAACUGCUGAACAGUUAAUCGGCAGUGAAUCAUCUUGCUAUGCAACUUUAAAAAAAAAAGAAUUACCAAUUUUAAGUGCUGCCAGCUACAGUAACUUUGUUUUAACGGGUAUUUUUGUUUGUUUUUUUCAUGUAAUUAUUUUAUUGUGCUUUGCAUCUCCAGGCAGUUUUCCCACAUUUGGGUGAAAUGUUUAGCAGGUCAUAAACUUAAUAACUUAUGAAAAGGGUAAAAUAAAAUUUUCUUGAGUGGAACUUGGAAUAAUUUGAGGGACAUUUUAUAUACUUUUAAAAAUCAGAAUUUAAUUGGGAUGCCAGAUUUAUAGCAAUUUGCAUCUUUAAUUUUCCAGAUAAUCUGGAGGUUAGUGUUUGAUAAAUGAUUUUUUAAAGCAAAUAUGAAGAUUUUGUUAAUUUAUAAUUUAUUAAUGUGUUAUUACUGUAAUUGAAGAUGUUAUAGAGACUUUUAAAUUCAGUCUUGUUUAGAAAGAAAUGUAUUAAGCAAAAUUAUGUGAAUAAAUAUUCCCACAAAAUUCAUCUGAAUGGUUAAAAAUACUGGAAGAGAGCUAUCAGGGCUAUAGUAGUGAAUUUUUUUUUUUCUUUUUUAAUAUCACAAAUACCAGUAAGUAGAUUUCAUGUUUUCAACACGGGGAAAAUGUUAUCAGUGAACAUUUAAGCAGUGCACUUUACUCAAUGUAAUUGAAAGUUGCACAGUACUGUUUCCUUGUUUUAAGCUUUCUUUAUACUCUAAUGUAUUUAAGUAUAUGCUUUUCUAUUUAAUGCUGCUACCCUUAUUCUUCUCAAAUUUUUUCCCUUCUCUAUUGCUUCUGUUUCAUAUUUCUUAAAAGGGCACAUACAGGAGCAACUGCUGCUACCCAGAAAAAUUUGUGUAUUAUAAACAAUUAAAAGACUUUCUAAUUGC